CAUAGCCACCGUGCACACAGCCGCUACGCGUCCCUAGUUGGUCCCCGGCUGGCCGGAGGGAAGAGGCGACACCAUGAGCCAUGUGGUGACUAUCGAGGAGCCCCAGGCCAACCUGCAGGUGUCUCAGACCCGGUGCGGGGUGAGGUCGAGGGCCUGGGGCAACGUCUCUACCAGUCGACAGUAUGAUUUUCUGUACGAUCCAUUGUUUAUUGUGUCGAGUGAGAAAGACCAUACACAGGCAACUAUCCAAGCUAACCUGAUUCGAAACAGACUGAGAAAAGUUCCCAGGUUUAGAACCAUGUUCAGUAACCUGAUCCAUUAUCCAAGGUAUUCUCUCUAUUGGAGCAAGGCAGACCCUGUCCCACCAUUCAUCCGCCGGGAAUGGAAAGGACAGGAGGAGAAACACAGAGAAGCCCUCAGGCAGCUUAUCAAAACUGGUGAGUCUUUUCAGAUGACUAAAGAGGCUUAUGAAGAUCCUGAAGUUACUGGAAGGAAUCGCUACAAAUAUUUUGAAAGACCUUUCCUUCCAUUUCAACAGAUGCCAUUCAAUGUCGUUUUUGCAGCAACCAAGACAGAGGCAUAUAUUUUCCCUCCUACUCCUGCUAAGUACCCUCCUGUACCUUCCAAGUAUACCGUGGGUACUCAGACUGAUUAUCGGGAUGCUGAAGUUCAAACUGAUCCAUAUUCUCCAGAAUAUGUAGUAUGUCAGGAUUCAAUCCCUGAGCUCUUGACUCUGGCUACUCUUACGUGGGGUCGAGGGCUCCCAGCAGGACAAGCUGAGGUUGAGAUGAUAGAACGUGCCCGGGAGAAGCGUGCUUGGGAAGCCUCUCUUCCAAGUCUGAGUGACUCCUUCCAGUUUGAGAAGAGGAGGAGGAUGAUGAAUGUGAUGGAGAGGAAGGAGUGGGCCUUCAGAGAGCAGGAGAUUGAAAAGCUUCAGAAGAUUCGCCUGGAGAUUCUAAAAGAGCUGCUGAGAAAACGUGAUGAGAAUCAAAAUGAAGUGAACAUGAAGCACCUGAAUGCCCGGUGGUCUCAACUGCAGGAAGCAAAGGAGGCAAAAUUGGCACGGAUUCAGCACACACACGUCUCAGCAAUCAGAAAACUUGUGGGAAAAAGAAAGAAUAUAGAAGGAAAGUUGGAGAGAAGAAAUAUCAUCAGGGAUUAUUGUGAUUAUGCAUCACAGGUCUAUGGACCUCUGUCUCGUCUUGGUCGUUUCCCUGACAACAAUUCAGAGGACUUUGUAGUUAAAAACCACUAUCUUAACACCUAUGAAGGAUUAGUUGAACUUGAGUCACGUCUCCCAGAUUUUGUGACACAACCCCGAAUCAGACCGCCAAAGCCAAAAGUCACUACCACAAAAGCUGGUUUUCUCAAGAGGGCAGUAAGGAUGGACCAUGAGUUGGCAGAGGUUCAUAAGGCAAUACUGGAUAAGAAGAAUAGAGUUCUUGAACCAAAGAAAGUUUUGCGCUUUCUUCAAAGAAAGCCUCUACCUCAACCUCGGCUUCCAACUCCAACCUUGGAAAUGAGUUCCAAUGAAGAAGAAGAUAUAGAGAUGGCUGUGAUCUACCUUCAAAAGUUACUCCGGGGAAGAGCCGUUCAGAACAUGAUGUUUGAAGGGAAGGAAAAGCGGCUGGAGUUGAUCCAGGAGCUGCGUACCAGCCACGCACUACAAGAGGAUGACAGGCUGCUGAAGAAAGCCGAGAAGCAAGUGACGCUGGCCUUGCAGCGGCAGAGGAACUUGCAUGAGCACAAGGUCUCCCUGGUCGAAAACCAUUUGGCUGGACUGGAAGGAAGGGCGCUGGCAGACAUGUUUGACUUCCUGUCCAAAGAGCUGGUGAGACUGCAGGAAGAGCGGAGGAUCCAUGCUUUUGCCAUGCUGGCCGAGCGGCAGCGGAGGAUGCGAGAAGCUGAAGAGAGUGGUCGGCGCCAAGUCGAGCAAAGGCGCUUGAGGGAGGAGGACCAGAUAUUUAAGGAGGUGAUUAAAGUUCACCAAAGUACUGUAACUUCCUAUCUGGAAGACAUAAUACUGAACACUGAAGAGAACACUGCAGAAGAACAAGCCAGGGCAGAAAUUGAGAAGAUGGCUAAGGAAAUCAAUGACAUUGCUUAUGAAAUGGAGAGCCGUCGAACUCAGCUUCAGUCAGAGGAGAUUGUUGCUGAGUUGGUUUAUAGUUUCCUGAUCCCAGAAGUGCAAAAGGACUAUGUCAAAGAAAAAGUGAGGAACGCCCAGCGGAAGCACAUCCUUGCAGCCCAUCAGAUCAUCCACAGCCACACGGAAGACAUGGUCAAUAAGGAUUUUGUGGAGCAACAGCAGGAUGAGGCGGUCUCAGACACAGACGAGUUACCCGAGGGAGAAACUCAAAAAUAAGAAUCACAGUUCAGAUUAUCUCUUUUAAAAGAAGCUGUACAGAUCAUCAUAUGGAAUUCCAGUAAUCUGUGCUUCUCCCAAGAUGUGCAGCUCUUAUGGACUUGUCAAUGUGUAAUUCAUGAGGAAAGAUCUUUCUUCUCCCUAAACUUCCAAUAAUUUAAAAUUAUUUUCAGUAAUUAUAAUCAAAUGAAGGAGUUUAUUCUCUUUAGUGUUUCCCAGAUGCUCUACUUCAAGAGAAAAUUUUCUCAUGUCUCAUUUCAGCAUUUUGUUAACUAGGAGGAUAUUCUGGCUUGCUGAAUCAAACAAAAAGAAAUGUUACUGAAUAUUUCUUAACUAGUUUUGGCUUGAUAUUCAUAAUGCAUUGACCUUAUCUGCUAAGUUUGGAAGUAUGCAUAUCCCAUGACCUGGCAUUUCAUCUCCUAAAUACAUACUCAGCAAAAAUACAUGGAUAUGUGCACCAAUGGGCAUGACAAGAAUGUUCACAGCAGCACUUUUCAUGACAGCCCCUAAAUUAGAAACCCAAACCUCCACUGACAGUGGAACAGAAAAAUAAGCUGUGGUAUUCAGUGGCCCAUCAACUUAACCAUUGAGAAUCGCAGAAGAAUAUUCAUGCAACACCCACAGAGAGGAUGCUUUGGGGGAGCAAUCUGCCCAUCCUGUGUGUUGACUAACAUGAGGAUCCCUCCUCAGUUAAAUAUUGGUAAAUAGGGAAAAAACCUAAAACAUAAACAAAUCUAUGUGGGCCCCAUAUCCACAUUACUCUGGCAACAGAAUAAAAACCUAUCUUAGAAAAUACCCUUCUCUAGGAAACCAGAAAAGCUUCAGAAGCUAUCUGCUUGGUGAGGAGGCAAGAAGAAAUGGGCUCCUGGGAAACUGCAGCCGAGAAUAAGAAGAGCAGAUGCCAGCAGAUGCAAGAGAAGAAAGUGGCUAAGAUGAAAAAAAUACAAAAAGAUUUAAAAGUCCGUGGAACACAUUUGGAUGCAGUUAAAAGAACAGAAGUACCAAAGCAGAGAAUAAAAUAGGUGAUGUUGCCAACAAACUUCCUGUCGUCCUAUGUGGUUUGGGAAGGAUAAAGAGAUGAGAAUGACAAAGAGGUUAGCUCUGGAUCACCAAUCCUAAAGCAAUGGAAUUCUUAAAAAAAGAAAUCAAAACAAAUAAAAUUAUAAUAAAAGAUUUUCUGAGCUGAAAAAA